GGGAAAGGUGUUGUGUGGGAAGACAUUAUCAGGUUGUUUACUGUAGAAACAAAGCCUUCCCUUUAAAUGUCAGCAGAAAGCAGCAGUAUCUGGUUUGAAGAGAGGUAGGAUCACAGCAGGUUAUCUGGAUGGACGUUUUCUGGACAUCAUCCUGACUGACAACACUGGACUUACCAGUCCAAUAUUUGAUGGACUUCUAGUCAACACAAAGAAUUCUUAAUAAUUUUCCAUAUUGAUCUUAUUGAGCAUUAUGGCUGAUUCUGGGUUCCCAUUACCACCAGAGGCUUUCUGUCUUCUAUGUGCGGACACAGUGAGAGAUCCAGUCACUAUCCCCUGUGGUGACACUUUCUGCCUGGAGUGCAUCAAGAUUUACUGGGAUCAGUUCGACCACAUUGGUGUGUACAGCUGCCCACAGUGCCGUGCAACAUUCACACCUCGGCCUGUCCUGAAGCGAAACCUGCCAGAUGUAUACCAUGAGCCACAACGAGAGCUUCCAGAGCUUACUCCUUUCCCCUACUUGAAUCGUGAAGUCUACUGUGACUUCUGCAUUGGCCGUCGCAACAAAGCCGUCAAGUCUUGUCUGAUGUGUUUGGCAUACUACUGUGAAACACAUGUCAAGCCUCAUUAUGAGUCAUCUACCUUCAAGCGGCACAAACUUGUAGAUGAGAUGGGUCAUCUGGACAGGAAGAUUUGCCCACAACACGAGAAAGGUUUGGAGCUGUUCUGUCGCACUGACCAGAUGUGUAUUUGUGUGCUGUGUACUGUCAGAGAGCACCGCAGCCACAACAUUACCUCGGCAGAAGACGAACGCAAUGAGAAACAAAAAGUCCUGGUGGUCACCCAAACUGAAGUCCAGAACAUCAUUCAAGAGAGGAUGAAGGAGCUCCAGGAACUUAAGCAUAAUAUUGAUGUUCUAAAAAGUGCAGCCCAGCGAGCACAGGCAGAAAGUGACAAGACCUUCCAUGAAAUGCUGCAGGCAGUUGAACGCUGGAAGUCUGAAAUCAAUCAGAUGAUAAUGGCCAACAUGCAAUCAGCAAUGUCACAGGCUGAAGGCUAUGUGGAUCGUCUGGAGCAGGAGAUAAUGGAGCUACAACGUCAAGAUGCAGAAUUACGGCAGAUCCUCGAGACGGAGGACAACAUUUACUUCCUGCAGAGUUUCCCAACCCUGUGUGUUGCUCCUGAGGCCAUGGUCCCCAAAGUGCUAAUUAACCCUCAGUUCUCCUUUGGAGAGAUGAGCAGAACGGCCAGUGACAUGAAAGAAAAUCUGGAUGACAUCUGUAAAAAGGAAAUGGGUAAACUCUCCAAGACAGUGAGCGAAACUCCCGUGUACAUAUUGUUGCCAAGAAAUGGAAGCAAACGACUCAAAGUUCCUUUGAAUGUAGAUUUUCAGGAGCCAAAAAACAGAACAGACUUCUUGAGAUAUGCCUGCAAGCUGUCCUUUGAUCUUAACACAGUUUAUAAAGAGCUGGUUUUGACAGAUGGGAAUCAGAAGGUCACCCGGAAGAAAACAACCCAGUUUUACCCAGAUCAUCCAGAUCGCUUUGAUGGCUACUCCCAAGUUCUGUGCAAGGAGCCUCUCACUGGUUUCAGGUUUUACUGGGAAGCUGAAUGGAGUGGAGAAUUUUCCAUAGGGGUGGCUUACAGGAGCAUCAGCCGUAAAGGGAAGAAUUCACACAGCCUGCUUGGCUACAAUGACAAGUCUUGGAGUCUCCUUUGCUCAGACUCUGGUUACUCUGCCUGGCACAACAAAGUAGACAGAGACCUUCCUGGUGCUGGUAGGGCUACACGCAUUGGUGUGUACCUAGAUUAUCCUGGAAACACAGUGGCUUUUUACUCAGUGUCAGGCACUAUGACACCUAUCCACAGAUUCAAAGCUCAGUUUACCGAGCCUUUGUAUGCUGGCUUUGGUGUAGGUUCCUCAGUUACCCUCUGCCAGCUAAAACAGCCUUAUUAACUAAAAAGUGCAAAAAUUACCCAUUACCAGUAAAGAAUUUACACCGAUACAAUAUGUAAAUAAUAAUGACAUACAUUGCAAAAUACAAUAUACUACCAGUUAUACUCGCAAAAUACACAGGAUACAACAACAAAAUUUACACCAGGAAAACUUUGUAGUAAACAGUUGCCUGUUUACAACAAAUGUGGACCAAGUUUGGGGCAACGGGGUCAAAUUAUCUCUGACCACACCCAGCCACAAUCUUUCCUCUGGCUUAGUCUGGUCAGAAGGUGAUAUUUUGCACAUGUAAACUGCUAUCACUGGAGUCGUGGAUACAUCUCAAAAUCACUCCUGCAAAGUAAGAAAUUGAACCACUGGUCAGCACAGGACGUUAAAUUACUUUGAAUUAUAAAUGCGUUUUAAGGUAAAACUUUCUAGAAUUAAUGUAUUAAAUGUAGAAAUGCUAUAAAUCUACAAAUAUUUGCUUAGAGAGGUUAGAUAAUAAUAAAAAUAAUAAAAAAGACAGAUACACUUGUCCUAAGCAUAGCAUGUACUACAUUUUGUGUUAUAACAGCCUUUAUUAUUAUUUGGUAUUCAUUGCUGUACUUAAAAACAAUCAAUUUUACAUUAUAGUUUUGGAAAGUGCUGUGUCUUUGUUAUUGUUUUGUUUCUGUGUGUUUGUUUGUUUGUUUGUUUGUUUGUUUGUUUUCUAAUAUCUUCUUAUAAUAAUUUAUCAUCUGCUCAUGGAAUUUCAAAUGGACACUUUUGUUUUCUCUAUUUUCCAGUAAAUCUAACCAGUCAAACCAGUUAAUCUAGCAUCAAAGGAUGCUAACAACUGAAGUACCAUUUUUGAAACGAAUGAAGUAUUUGUUUUCAUUUCGAACAAUAUGCAAGUCAUUUGUAAUGUCCUCUUAGAUAACAUUAAUUACAUAAAUAAUAAUGUUUUGAGAGGGAAUUAAUUAAUAUGUUGCAUCAUACAACAUCUCUUACAGCAGUUUUUUCAUGUGGUUUACAGGGACCUCAUUCAGUAAACAAAAAGUCUAUUUCUUUUUCCUCUUUUCUCUCUGAUGCUCUCUUUGGCUUUUUCUGGUCAAGGAUCUGAGUGGCAGGAGAACAUUAUCAACAGGGGAAAAAAGAAAGAUAAACUUUCUCAUUUAAUAAUAAUGAUUACCUUUAUUGUUCACUGUAUAUUUUUUUAAGCUAUUACCUUUAACUUCCAAUUUGGGUCAUAGGACACGCAUUCAAUUUGCUUAGAUGAUUUGCAUGACAAAUUACCCAAAGGUACAACAAAACAGACAUGAAGCACAGUCAUACCCCCAUAUGCAAAUGUUCAAGCGUUAGAGGCAAUCAGUCAUCACACUACUCUAGAAGUGUUAUCAAAUGCUACACUGUACACAUUUAGUCUAAUAAUAUUUGUGGUCUUAUUACAAACUUAACUGCUAUAGUAACUGCAGACAGUAUUGCAGUAUUGUAUGCAUGACAUGUUUAUUGUGUGCUGCAAUGUAAAACCUUACAAAAAAGUGCAAUACAAAUCCUGGGUCAGGAUGACGUGGUCGUGGGUUUCUGCAGACAUG